AAAUAAAAAAAUACAUAUCAUUCUAGCAAAGAUGAUUCCAUUGUCGAGACUCAAACGAUCUAACGUUGCAUGAGAACCACACACUUCAAAAGACCAGAAAAAAAAUCCUAUUUACGUAUACUCAUCACUUUCUCCUCCUCCCACCAUGAACAAUGCUUCUCUUUAACCCCAUCUCCACCCACCUACCCCCCACCUCCCUCACCCUCAAACCCACCACCACCCACAACCACCACCGAAACGUCGCCAUUUACUCUCAAUUCCAACCCAUUCCCAUCUCCACCACCACUACGAACUUCUCAAUCUCCGAUGAAUCUCUCCGUUCAAAAGGAUUCAAUCUUUACCGUUCAAUCACCGAUCUCAACCUCGACCACCUCAACUCCGUCUUCGUAGCCGUCGGAUUUCCCCGUCGCGACACGGCGAAAAUCCAAAUUGCUUUGGAAAACACCGAUUCACUAUUAUGGAUCGAAUACGAGAAAACAAAACGGCCGGUGGCGUUUGCGAGAGCCACCGGCGACGGCGUUUUCAAUGCGAUUAUUUGGGAUGUUGUAGUGGAUCCCAAUUUUCAAGGGAUUGGAUUAGGUAAAGCUGUGAUGGAGAGAUUAGUCACCGAGCUGUUACGGAAAGGAAUAACGAAUAUUGCUCUUUAUUCGGAGCCCCGAGUUCUCGGGUUUUAUAGGCCUUUGGGUUUUGUUGCCGACCCGGAUGGCAUCCGAGGAAUGGUGUAUUCUAGGAAAAAGAAAAAAAAAUAGGUGACAAUUUUUUUAUUUUGUUUGUUUUUUUGUAUUUUAUGAAUUCAUUAGUUAUGUGAUUAAUUGUAUAUUUUGUUUCAAUGGAGUAAUGAAUAAUAUUUCAACUCCA